UCUCAGCUGUCAGAGAGCAUUCAGUCUGAAGUGGAGGCACAAGCAGGAUCUGUCUGUGUUUGCUUUAUGUGCCGCUGCAGCACUAAUCCAAACCUCUACGUUUAGAGGACUUUCUGUGGCUUUCUGUUUCUACUCAACUACAAGAUCUGCCAGAGAAAGAGUUAAGGAGGAAUUGAAUAUCCUCUAAAACUUGGCUUUUUAUUCUGUUUCUCUUCUAUUUCCUCCUUCCUGUCUUAAUGCCCACGGCAGUGCGGUCGUGGCCAGAGGAGGAUGGGUCCGGCUGUGGAGGCUCAGGCCCAGAAGGCCAUGGAUACAGAGCAAAAGCAGCAGCAGCAGCAGCAGAACCAGCUGCAGCAGCAGCAGCAGCAGUGCUACAUGGAGAAAGGGGUGAUGCUUGAGCCCUUCCUACACCAAGUGGGGGGACAUUGCUGCGUCCUUCGACUCGGGGAGCAGACCAUCUGCAAACCCCUCAUCCCCCGUGAACAUCAGUUCUACGAGAGUGUGCCUGCUGCAAUGAGGAAGUUUACCCCACAGUAUAGAGGUGUGGUGUCAGUGAGCUUCGAGGAGGAUGAAGAAGGGAACCUUUGCCUCAUUGCUUACCCCCUCCAGAGUGACCCAGCACCAGAUCUGGAGAACAAAGACCCCUUGGCCGACUGCGACCUCAAAUGGGAGAUGCCCAUGUGGGAGAAAAUGAUGGCAUACUCGUCCCUUGUGGACAGUGAAAUUCACAGCAAAGAUGGCCGAGGCCGCCUCUCUUGUAAUGACAAGGACAAGAGCGUUCACCUGCUGAAGGAGGAGGUCGAGGUGCUCUACUACAGACUGGAGCGCAGUCACAGUAAUGCUGUACCGCAGCUCAAACACAACCCCUGGACUCUCACAAGUCAACAACACCAGCUGCAGAAGAUGAAGGAGAGUGCCAUGCACUGCAACCAAUACAAGUUCAUCCUGCUGGAGAAUCUGACGUGGCGGCACACGUUGCCGUGUGUGUUGGACCUGAAGGUGGGCAUACAGCAGUAUGGAGACGAGGUCACGGAGGAGAAAAAGGCCAGGAAGAUGUACAAGUUACAGCAGAGCACAGCACCCAUAUUGGGAGUCUGCCUCUCUGGCAUGCAGGUUUACCGGUGUGACACGGGCCAACUCAUGUUCAUGAACAAGUUCCACGGCCGCAGGCUGACUGUGCCGGGCCUCAAGGAGGCUUUGUUCCAGUUCUUCCACAGCGGACGGCGUCUACGACGUGAACUCUUCUCCCCGGUGAUACGCAGGCUGCGAGAGUUGCAAGCUGCCCUGGAAACCUGUGAAUCCUAUCGCUUCUACUCCAGCUCUAUGCUAAUCAUCUACGACGGAGCGCCCCACCAAAAGCACACUGAGGACGGCCUCUCUGAAGAGGAAGAUGAGGACGAAGAGGUGGAGGCUGAACCAGAAAUGGAGGAGGAAGAAGAAGAGGAGGGUGAAGCAGCAGGUGCACUUGGUUUUCCUCGCAGACCCUUUACGUCUAGCGAUGGCAGCAGUAGGGACGGGAACUCAGGUGUCGACCACGCUCGCUUGCCCCGCUCAGAGCCCCGCAGCCCCAUGGUGGAUGUGAGAAUGAUAGAUUUUGCCCACACCACCUGCAGUCAUUACCAGGGGGAGAGCGUGGUUUACAAGGGCCUGGACAGCGGCUACAUCUUUGGCCUCCAGAACGUGAUCACCAUCAUCUCCGAGCUGGAGAACCACAGCGCAGACUGAAGACACACACACAUUCAGACACAGAUGCAUAGUAACACAGAGGAGAAAGAGGAGGACUGGACUACAGAGGUGGAGAGAGAUUUCUCCUCUCCUCUUCAGAAUUACACUUUGUUGUAGCUGGCUUUUCUUCGGACCCAGUUCCUGUUUCUGCCGUUGGUGCUUCUCAAUGUUCCUGUUGUAUGUGUCUAUCUUGGGGAUAUGAAAGAUACCUGCCCAUAACAUAGACGAGCCAUCUGUGUGACUGAUGCAGUGAUGUACUCAUUGUCAUAAAUCUGCUUAACCCGGUUUAGGACAAAAGGGUAGGCUGCAAAUAAAAGCAGAUUGAAGUCUUGAGACAGUAGAAAUGUUUUCCUUAUGUCCAACUCCAAAGAAGGCGUCAGCAUUUCACACACAAACACUUUAUGUUGAACAAGUGAGUGUGUUACUCUGGCACAGGGCUAUGUGAGAGAGCAGGAGUUGUAUGUGUAUGAGGACAGAGCCGGUGGGAGGAGAGGGAGGGAGCCUCCGUUCUUCUUUGUUGCCUGUUCAUUCUGCCGUCCUUCUCUUCCUGCUCAUCUUCACUCAAAGAGAUUAUUUUGGGUAUGAGAGAAAGAUGAUAUAGAUUUAUCUCAUUAUUUUACAUGUUUCAUAAAAUAAACAGAAAGUAAAAAAAGAAUGUGAAUGAAGAGUACUACAUUCCAUGGUGUUAAUGUUAUAAUAAUGAUAUUGAUUAAUAUUGUUAUUCGACAUGUUUGGAUACCUCUAUCUUGUAUGUUUGUGUUGUCCACUUGUUUGUUGAAGAAAAUAAAGGCUUUAUGUCGA